AAAAAAGAUAAGAUAAUAAUUCCCUCCCCCUUCCACUCUUUACUUGAAAUGUCACAGUCGAUCAAUUACGGACAAGACGAAAUUCCACACUUACGUUCACAAAAUGAUCAACUUUGGAAAAUUAUUGAAAAGCAAAGAAUCAUGAUUCAAAAUCUUCAAAAGGACAAUGUCCGUCUUUCAGCAGAACGAGAUGGACUUCAGGAUCAAUUGAAUACGCUAGAAAAGGAACUGAUAGGUAAGCAGCAACGAGUGACCUCUUUAUUGAUCUCACCCCAGAUAUUACGUGAGAUUGCAGAAGCUGACGAUGCUAUCGCUUCCUCCUCUCCGCUUGAAAUCACUAUAAAUAGUCCUAUGCCGCCGCCUCGUUCACCUUAUCGUCCUUUACAAAAGGAAAAACUUCCUGCUGAGGACGCAAAGCAUGUUCUUGAACAAGAAUCAGAGUCUUCUUCUUCUUUGACAGCAACAACAACAGCAGCAGUACGUAUCGAUGAAUAUAUCAAUAUCAAUGGUCGAUCUUCUCCUGGUUCUCCUUCACCUACUUCCCCAAAUCAGCGUAAAGAUAGUGCUCCAACAUCUUCAACCAAUCGAAAUCAUUUUGUGCCUUCCCCAAGUAAAUCUUCUUCUUCAUUAGAAGUAGCGCGGAAAAAUAUUCGACAGCAAAGGGAUUCAAUGAUGCCAUCUGUAAGGUCUCCUUUAGAUUUCGAUCGUACUGCCUCACCUCCCCUUGUUAAAUCAAAUCCUAUUUAUCGAAAUACGACUUCCUCUUCUCGUAUUAAUUUAUUAUCACAAUAUGAAACAGAGGAUACCAGUCACCCAAAGACGAGCUUGAAUCUGACUCAUAUGCAUGUUCGUGUAGUUGGCUCUAAUAUUAAACCAAAUGAAAAGGGAAAAGAAGUCAUUUCUUUUAUUAUUUCUAUUGGCUCAAAUAAAGAUGAAGAUAUUCAUCAGUUUGAAGAAAAAUGGAGAGUUGAAAAAUUAUAUUCUGAUUUCCUGACAUUGGAUUCAAAGUUGAAAGCGCAACGAAAUCGUGCCAUUACGAAUCGAAUCGGAAAGUUACCGGAUAAAGCAUUAUUUUCUAAUAAUGCGCCCUCUAAAGUGGAUCAAAGAAAGAUUGCAUUAGAACAGUAUUUACAACAUCUUGUAUCUUUACCUUUAGAAGAUUCCUCUGAUUUAUCAGAAUUUCUUUGUACAGAUGUAGUAAAUAAUAAAGUAUAUCAAACGCCUGACCAAAAGGAGGGCUAUUUAACUAAAAGAGGCAAAAAUUUUGGUGGAUGGAAAACUCGAUAUUUUGUAUUAAAUGAAUCAGUACUUGAAUAUUAUGAAUCAAAGGAAGGUACUCAACUUGGUUCUAUACGACUCACAAAUGCACAAAUAGGAACACAGAUGUCCAAUAGUUCACCCAAUUAUUCAGAAGACUCAAACAAUGUCUAUCGACAUGCAUUUUUAAUUGUAGAACAAAAACGGGUUGGAUCUUCGCAUAGUGUUCGUCAUAUCCUUUGUGCUAAUUCAGAUGAUGAUCGUGAUUCCUGGGUUCAUGCUCUCCUGCAAAAUAUUAAUAUUAUAGAAGAUGAAUCACUUCGUCAUAAACCUUCUAAAAAGAAGACAGCAGAAAAAUCAAGAAAACUAUCUAAAGGAGAAAUCAGGGCUAUCUCUGCUACCCCCAUUAGCCAUUUAAAGUUAGAUCAUGUUAACAAUGCUGAUAUAGAGAAGCUAACAUCAGCACCUACUUUUAUCAUGGAAGAAGGUGGUGAUAUUGGUAUGGCAAUUAGUAGUGCUUAUAAUCGACCUACACCUUCUAUUUCCAGUGAAAGUACAAGUGAUUCUGCCACCACUUAUGUACCAUCUAAUAAUGCCAUUUGGACAUCUUGUGAAGCAGCAGCAGCAGCAGCAGCAGGUCGUUCUAGUAUAGAUCAACCUAUAAUCAAGACUAAUACAUUACAAACACCUCGUCCACCUAUCGUUCGACGUAGUUCUAUGAGUAAUUUAAUGACUAGUGAACAGUUACACCUAAAUGAUAACCCUCAUCGUCGAGCUAUAUCUCCAACUAUCAUUUCCCGUAGCGCAGAUGAUUCUGUUAUUGUUGAUACUACUGAACCUGAAAAGAAGGCAAGGAACAAAGCACAUCGUAUGACCUUUUGGGGAAAGAAAAUGCUAUUUAAUUCUAAUGAAGAGCAACAACAACAGCAACAACAACAACAACAACACUAUAAUCAACCACGCUCUUCUCAAUCUACAUCAACUAUUAUGAGUAGUAGUUCUAUUUCAUCGUCUACUACAGCUAAUACAGGUUUACGUGGAUUCUUAUCACGUUCUUCACACGAAAAUAAUGAACGUCAACGUUAUAAAUAUAGUACAGAAGAAAAUCCCUUACCUAAUAAGACUCCUAAACAAGUCUUUGGGGUCCCAUUAGAAGAAGCUGUUCGUAUUUCAAGAGUAGCAGAAGGAUAUGAACUACCUGCUAUUGUCUAUCGAUGUAUUGAAUAUUUAGAUGCUAAAGAUGCAGUACGAGAAGAAGGGUUAUAUCGAUUGAGUGGUAGUAAUUCAACAAUGAAAGCACUUCGAGAACGUUUCAAUCAAGAAGGUGAUCUAAACUUGUUGACUGCUAAAGAAGAAUAUGAUGUCCAUGUCAUUGCUGGUUUAUUUAAAAUGUGGUUACGUGAGUUACCUACCAGUGUUCUUACAAGAGAACAUCGUAUGGACUUUUUGCAUGUUAUUGAUUUAUUGGAUCGUAAAGAUAGAGUAAAUGAGUUAGGACGAUUAGUUUCGGUUCUUCCACUUGCUAAUUAUACACUUUUAAGAGCCUUAACAGCCCAUUUAAUCAGAGUUGUUCAACAUUCAAAUAUUAACAAGAUGACUAUACGUAAUGUGAGUAUCGUAUUUUCACCUACACUUGGUAUUCCACCUACUAUUUUUAAUUUAUUUAUGAGUGAAUUCGACUAUAUCUUUUGGACAAAUAAAGAUGGAGAUGCAGCACCACGAAUGAUUGAAGAUGAAGAAAAUAAACAACAGACAACUGAUGAACAGCAAAUGGUAGAAGAUAAUUCUAAUUGUCCCGCUGAUAAUUUAGCGUGUAAAACAACACUUCGUGUACGUGAAGAACAUGGUCGCAGUAAUCGUAAUAGUGUUAAUUAUAUGGAUGGUGCACCCAAUGCUAUCGUUGAUUUAGAAAAGCAUAUAGACGGUCCACCUGUGUUAGAUGAACAUGAUGAAGUUGAUGAUCUUACUUUAUCCAGUGAUCCAAACUACUCAUAAUAAUAAUACUCCCUUUAUAAUCAUUUAUAUUUAUAUAUUUAAUUUUAUAUAAUAUCUCUCCUCCUCCUACCCCUCCUCCCCCCCUUUUAUUAUUAUUACUACUGUUACCAGUAUUACUACCACUACCAGUAUUACUACCACUACUACUACCACUACCACUACCACUAAUACUACUAAUACUACUAUUAUAACUACUACUAUUACUAUUACUACUACUAAUACUCCUACUACUAUUAUUAUUAUUACUACCAUUAUUCUCUUUCUUCCUUCAUGGUUUCUUUAUAUAAUAAUAUAACAUGCAUAUAUUGUAUACAGUUUCAACUGAAAUAUAUACUAAUUUAGCAGUGUGGUGACGAUCAUGCACUAAAAUACCGUCAAUAAAUAAUUUUCUAUUUUUUCUUU